GCGUGCCCAGCUGGAAGAGGCCGUGCGGCAGCGCGAGGAGGUGCAGCAAGAGCUGGUGCGAACGGCUGAGGAGCUGAGCAGCCUCCGUGAACAGGGCGGGUCGGAUACUGCAAACCUGCGUGCCCAGCUGGAAGAGGCCGUGCGGCAGCGCGAGGAGGUGCAGCAGUCUUUAAGGGAUGCUCAUGUGAGAUUGUUGGAAGCGGAUAGAGCGUGUAAGGUUGCUGUGCAGGAGAAGGUAUGUGGUAUUCGUGUGGUUGAGGAGAAGUUGCUCGGGUGGAAGGAGAAGGUUUUGGCGGCGAAGGCUAGGGAUGAUGCAAGAAUUGAAAGUUUAGAGGCAUCUGUUAUCAUUGCACGCGAUGAUGUAAGGAAGUUUGUAAGCUGUUUGUUAGGUAUAUUGACUCUUGUGGGCGAGACUGUGGCGGAUGACGUACGCGAGGGUGGCGAUGGCGAGGCGGAUGUUUUUUCGCUGUUGUCAAGGGUUGAAAAUUUCGAGCUGCGGUUGAAGAGGAAUCUCAAGUUAUUGGAUGUGAAGUAUGCGACUCUGCCACUCGUUGAAGUGCUCGCUUUGCUAACCAAGGACGUUUCGGGUGCACGGAUGGAGCUCGAUGAAGCAACAGCCGAACUUCAUUGCUGUCAGCAGGAGUUGGCGGAGGUCACCGCCAAUUUGACCGAGGCGGAAGGUAAGGUUGCUUCUUCACCGCCGCCGGGGCUUCUGGCGGAGUUGGAGGCUAGGAACAGCCACCUAGAAGAAAAGUGCGAGUUGCUUCGGAGGGAGAUUAAGCGACAGCGGGAGGCGUUUCAGCGGGAGAAGGCGCAGGAAUCUAUUUACUCAUUGUCAGCCAUGCAGGAAGAGGGCGGUGCGACGCCGCGUGCUGUGGCCGGCGGUGUUUUUGAGAGGGACAUGCUAUUGUUGGCAAACCAACAAAGUCAACGCGACAAUGAGAUUCGUCAGCUCCGCGUCCAGCUGCAGGCGCUGGAAAAGGAGAAUGCGGAUCUGCAACGCGAGUGUGAUCAUAAUAACAGUAUGGUAGCGCAGUACACGAAGGACAUCGAGGUUCUCAAGGCUAAGGAGCGGGUAAAGCAGAGUGUGGAGUACGUAAGAAACGUUAUACUUCAAUUUCUAUGCUGCUCGAGUGAAGAAAUCCGUCUGCAGAUGGUCCCAGCGAUAGCAACUGUUUUGGAGUUCUCGCCGAAGGAAAAGUUGGAUGUGCAGCGAGCUAACCCUGCAUGCCCCAGGUUCCACUAG